GUUUUAUAACCCCAUUUGCGAAUCUAGUGAGAAAGAAAUAUCGGCACAAGGAGAGAAUUGUGAAGCCAUGGACCACAAAGACUAUAGCCGACAAAAUGAGCAGAGGAGACUCUUAUUGUCUAAAGAAGAAGAGAGGAUCCGCGAUGAGCUUGAAAUGGAAAUCGAAAGAAAUUUGGAAGGGGAAUUCAAGGACGGGAUCUACAAUCUCGCACUCAAGCUGCGUCGACUUUAUGAACAAAGACGGGAAAGAGAAGAGUUGUUCGAUGUUUCAAUGAGAAAGAGCAAGAGAGUAUUGGAGGUGAACAUAAGUAUAAAGAUGGAAGGAGAUACCAAGAUUGAGAUCACAGAGAGGAAGAAGGAAGUAGACAACGAAAAGACGAAAAAGGCAGAGAAUUUGGACAAGAGAAAGAAGUUUAUACCAGCUGGUGAAGAUAAAACAGGAAAGGAAAAGAUGAAGAAUCAAACCAGGGCUCAUGAACUCAGAUGGAAAUGGUAAAGAGAUUGAUUAGCCUGUAUCUGUGCCUAUUUGCUGGUAUCUACCUAUGUUUGAACCUUUUUUUUCCUGCAACUCCUAUUUAAACACGAAUGAAAUAGAGUUAUGCUU